AUGACAUCAAGGUACAGGUAUUUUUGGCGAAGAUUACUUCAAAUGAAAAAAAAUUAUUAUCCAUCAUUUCGACCUAUCAUCUCAACUCCCUCUAACGUAACUAUUUUACCUUGUGCUAUAGGAUUUUCCUUGUUUACCUGGAUUGGUUUCGAUAAAAAGCGUAGUGCUGAAGACGAACUUAUUCAUACUAUAAAACACUGCGUACUUUUUAUUCAAAGAAGUGAAUUUGACAAAGCUGAACAGCUACUCCAUGUGGCAUUGAGACAAGCUCAACAAAUGCAAAAUCAGCUUGGUAUAACAUAUAUUUACGAUGUUAUGGCAAAUUUAGCUUUAGAAAGGGAACAACUAGAUAAAGCUAAAAAAUUAUUUGUAGUGGUUACACAAAGAAUAAUGGCUGAUGGUGCAAAGGAAGAUGAUCCAAGAGUUAUUCAUAUAAGCGUAAAAUUGGCAAGAAUAAGUCAUUUGAAGAAGGAAUACUCCACAGCCAAAUUGGGUUAUGACUGGUGCUUAAAAAAACUGAAAAAUGCUUCAUCUGAAGAACCUGUAUAUGAAAUUAGCAAACUUAUUGCUAUAACGGAAGAUUGGUAUGGUAGGUUAUUGAUAGACUAUGAGAAAGAUAAACAUGGACUUGAUUUAAUGAUAAGUUCAUUAAAUAGAAUGGUGAAAAUAGAAAAUAUUGAAACUGAACAUAUUAUUCUACAGAUGAAUGACAUUGCCACUGUUUGCGAUUGCCUUGGUAAAUAUGAUGAAGGCAUCAACUAUCUUUUGCAAGCUAUUGAGAUAGGCAAACAAGUUCCUGACAUGAAAGAACUAGGAGCAAUAUAUGUGAAUCUAGGAAGAAUUUAUAUGAAGAAAAAUUUAUUAGACAAAGCUAGGAAAUCAUGUGGACAAGGCUGGAAACUUGGAGUUACUUCAAAAAAUAAUGAAAUUAAACACGAAGCAGAGUUGUGUAUUCAAGAAAUAAAAAAUAUGACUUAA